GUGUCACGUCACAACGGCGGCGCCAGAUGCUGCGGCUCGGCGAAUGAGCAUCGCAGGUGGCCGGUCCGGCUCUGCGUCGGCUUCUUCUUUGCAUCCGCUUCACUUUUGCUCCUGCCCAUCCAUGCACGAGGUGUACGAGCUCGCGUACGACGCCCGCGUCCUCGACGUGCGCUGGGUCCCGAACGCCGCCAGCGCGCUCUGCUGCCUCUGCUACGAGUCGUUUGGCCUCUUUGGGAAGCGCCGCCACCACUGCCGGCUCUGCGGGCAGCUCGUCUGCAGCGCGUGCUCGCCUCACAAAUCGAUUCUCCUUGGCUCGACGCGCCAAGCGUCGCGCACAUGCACAGACUGCGCCUCGCUGUUGACGUGCCUCGCGGCGCAGGGCGACCCGCGCGUCAAGCGCCGCAUCGCUUCGCCGUUCCAGCGCAAGACGCGCGCACCCGCGACCUCGUCGCUGCCGACACGCAGCUCGCACGAGCCGCCAUCCGCCGAGCUGCGGCGCGUGCUGCUCCUGAAUACGAAGGCCGGCGCGACGUACUAUGUCGUCCACACGCGGUGGUACGAGGCGUGGCUCGCGUACGCCGAUGGCGCGACCACGAGUCCGCCCGGUCCGAUCUCGAACCACGCGCUGCUCUACUUUUACAACGGACAACUGUACCCAAAACAGACGCUCUUGUAUGGCAACGACUACCGCUUCCUGCACGAAGACGCGUGGCGGACGCUGUGGAGCGUCUACGGCGGCGGCCCGUCGAUCGCCGUGCGCUGGGACGGCGACGCGCCGCCGCCGAGCGCCGACUGGCGCGUCUUCUUCCCGAGCAUCGGUGCCAAGGCGUCGCCCAAGGUCGUCAAGCCCGUCUCUCUCCAGCGCAUUCGCGCCAGCAGCACGACGCUCUCCGUGAGCUACCCGCGCGGCGACGUCCACGCUGUCGUGAACGUCACUGCGUCGGCCUUGUCGGCGGUUGACGAGCAGCCGUGCAGUCCGAUCCUCCUUCUCGCACCGCGCCCGUCCUUGCCGCCGGCGCAAGAGCGUCAGCGGGCGGCCAAAGAAGCCGUCGCAGCGUUCGCCAAGGCCGCGGGCCAAGCGCGGCGCGAAGCCGAAAACGUCACGUACCGCAAGUCGCUCGUCUCGCUCGCGGACGUUGACAUGCGCAUUAGCUCGAGCUUUUGCUCGCCAACACAAGCCACUUCGACGCUACGGACGACGAUCGUCUAGCUCUGUAUUUGAUUAUAGAAAAAAGACUAUUUAACAGGAUCAUCUUGGUGUAUGUCUGGCGACCA